AUGGCCGAGCCGCCGCCACCUGGGGCCGCGGUGGCCGGGAAGUCCAGCGAGUCUGGCUCCGCACUGGACUUGGCCAGGCUGUCUCCGGCCGAGGGGCCGGGAGAGGAGUCCUCGGGCAGCGAGGGAGAGCGAGAAGGAAGCUCCCACAAGCUCGUCAGCAAAGUGUCCACAUCGGGCCAGAUGAGGAGCAAGAAAAGUGUGAAAGAAGGCCUUUUACUGAAACAGACCAGCUCCUUCCAGCGAUGGAAGCGGAGAUACGUCCGGAUUCGUGGAAAGACACUGUACUACGCCAAAGACUCCAAGUCCCUGAUCUUUGAUGAGGUCGAUCUUACCGAAGCCAGUGUAGCUGAGACCAGUACCAAAAACAUCAACAACAGCUUUACGGUGAUUACCCCGUUCCGAAAGCUCAUUCUGUGUGCGGAGAACCGGAAGGAGAUGGAAGAUUGGAUGGGAGCCCUGAAGGCUGUCCAGAAGUGGGCAGCUAAUGAGCAUUUUCAGCUGACAUCCGACCACUUCUCCAGCACCCACAACUGGUACACGUGCUCGCACGCACGCCCCACCUUCUGCAACGUCUGCCGGGAAUCCCUCUCCGGGGUCACUUCCCACGGCCUGUCCUGCGAAGUGUGUAAGUUCAAAGUUCACAAACGGUGUGCUGUGCGAGCCAGCGCCACCUGCAAAUGGACCACCCUGGCCACCAUAGGCAAUGACAUCAUUGAGGACGAAGAUGGCGUGGCCAUGCCCCAUCAGUGGCUGGAGGGGAACCUGCCCGUCAAUGCCCGCUGUGCCUCGUGUGACCGCAUGUGUGGCAGCGUCCGGAGGCUCCAGGAUUACAAAUGCCUCUGGUGCAAGGCCAUUAUUCACGGCACCUGCAGAGACCAGUUUUCCAAGAAGUGCCCCCUGGGCCAGUACCGCGUGUCCAUUCUGCCACCGACAGUUCUGAACUGCAUGGACUCAGAUGGGUUCUGGAAGGCCUCCUGCCCCGGUGCCUGCUCCAGCCCUCUGCUCGCCUUUGUCAAUUCCAAGAGCGGCGACAACCAAGGGGUUCGCUUCCUCCGGAAAUUCAAGCAGUUCCUGAACCCGGCACAAGUGUUCGACCUGAUGAACGGGGGCCCUCACCUGGGGCUCCGCCUGUUCCAGAGAUUCUCCACCUUCCGGAUCCUAGUGUGUGGUGGAGAUGGCAGCGUGGGCUGGGUUCUCUCUGAAAUUGACACUCUUGGAUUACACAAACAGUGCCAGCUUGGGGUCCUGCCCCUAGGGACGGGCAAUGACCUGGCCCGCGUGCUGGGCUGGGGAAGCCUGUGUGAUGAUGACACUCAGCUCCUGCAGAUUCUGGAGAAGAUGGAGCGGGCCACAACCAAGAUGCUGGACAGGUGGAGCGUCCUGACCUGGGAGGCCCCCGGGGGAGUGCUGACCCGUAGGGCCGGACAGGGGCCGUUCCCCUGGGAAUCUGCCCCCGAUGGAGCGUUCCCCCCUCAGGGCAGCUCUGGGACCUCUGAGGCUGGGCCAAGGCAGAUGCUGGGCCAAGAGGCAGAGCUGGGGGCCGGCCUUGGCUCCGGGAUGUGCGGGCAAGGCCGAGGAGGAUGUGGCAGAGCGGGGCUAAUGGGCUCGGGGGAAGAGCGGUCACAGCCGGUAACCCAAGCACGGCUAACUGCCGGAGCUAAAUACUGGGCCACGGCCAAGGCCUCGGGCACCUGGAGACAUGGGAAAGAUGCCCCCAUGGAGCCCUGGUGCUUCCUGCUGAGGCUGAUGGAGCCAAACACGAUGUUGCCCCAUAAUGCCAUGUCAGCCGGCUUUCUGAGCAGCGACCUCGAUGAGUUUGUGGUUGAAGCUGGCAGGGCCAGGGGGAGGACCACAGAGAAGAAGUGGGAGGCAGAAGGUCCCCGCCUGACCUUGCCACCCCUGGCCGAUCCUGUGACUUGCACAUGGUGCAAGAAGACAAGGUUUCCCGGCUCGUGGCGCUUGGGCCGGAGGGGCAGGGAUGGGCUGUGGUGUGCUCGGGAUGACGACCGGAGCUGGCUCGCCACCAGCACACCCACUGUGACCCUACAUAGCUGCACAAACCAGGCACGUGUGGGCAAGCUCGAGGAGGAUUGCACCCCGGUGAGCAACAGAACUGACAUGCUGAUUCGGGAGCUGGAGAUGGAGCCCCCGGCCGCCACAGGCUACCUGGAGAGCGCCCCGCUGGCCGCCCCGGCCGCCGAGGAAGAGGAUGAGGGCGACGAGGAUGACUUUGAAGGGGGAGCCGUGGGGGGCGUCCCCGCGGAGGUCUGCCAGCCCUCCAGCCUGGUGCCCCCAGCCUUCAGAUCCAAGGACCAGAUGGUGCUGAGAGCUAACAGCCUGAAGAAAGCCUUGAGGCAGAUCAUUGAGCAGUCAGAACAAGAUUCCCGCCGAGACACCUUGUCAUCCACCGCGUCGUCCGUCUUUCUGGACCAACCCGAUGACUCGAGCUCGAGCAACUUUGCCGAGGAGCCCGUCACCAUCCAAUUCUCGGAAAAGUGCGUGAUGAAUAACUACUUCGGCAUCGGUCUGGAUGCAAAGAUUUCUCUGGAGUUUAACAACAAAAGGGAUGAACACCCCAAGAAAUGCAGCAGCCGCACCAAGAACAUGAUGUGGUACGGGGUGCUGGGAACCAAGGAACUCCUGCAGCGAACCUACAAGAACCUGGAGCAGCGGGUGCAGCUGGAGUGUGACGGGGAAGUCAUGGCCUUGCCGAGUCUGCAGGGAAUUGCCGUGCUCAACAUCCCCAGCUAUGCAGGGGGCAUCAACUUCUGGGGCGGAACCAAGGAAGACAACAACUUUGGAGCGCCUUCUUUUGACGACAAGAAGCUGGAGGUGGUGGCAGUGUUUGGCAGCAUCCAAAUGGCUGUGUCCCGAGUGAUUAACCUUCAACAUCACCGCAUUGCCCAGUGCCGUGUGGUCAAGAUCACCAUCUGUGGUGACGAGGGGGUCCCCGUGCAAGUGGAUGGAGAGGCCUGGGUCCAGCCCCCGGGUAUCAUCAAGAUUCAGCACAAGAACAGAGCCCAGAUGCUGACCAGAGACCGGGCUUUCGAGAGUACCCUCAAGUCAUGGGAAGAUAAGCAGAAAGGGGAAAGCUACCGAUCAGUCCGACCCCGGCUCAACUCCCAGCAGUCCAUGGAGUACCUCACCGAGGACGAAUACAGACUGUUGCAGCGCUUCGCCCGUUCUGCCGACAUCCUCAUCACCAGGAUCCGAGAAGUGGCCAAGAUCCACAAGGCCAUAGAACAGGAGCUAGCCCACUCGGUGAACGGCUGUGCCUCGGCCCUGACCGAAGUGCUGCCCAGCAAACGCAGCGGCAGCAGCCCCGAGAGCCUGAGCAGAAACUCGGCUGUGGAAGUUUCAAUUAGUGUGAAAGCCUUGUACAACGAAGCUAGAGCUUACGUGGAAGGGAAGCUGCAGCUGGACAGCCCCCGGCGGGAGGAGGGGCUGCAGGUUGCCUUAGCCAAUGUCAGCCAGGAGCUGGAGAAAGUGUCUGAAAUCCAUUGGAUGGCACCCAUCCUCAAUGCUGUCACUGAAGAGGUGAGUGUUCCUUCUUGACGGAGCCCCAAAAGAACAGGGUGACUGAAAGCUGUGGGGCUUCCUUCAC